UCAUCUCCAUGGCCAUUUCAAUCUACAGACCUGGAUCAUCUAUUUAAAAUAUAUCUAGCUAGCUAUCUAUAUAACCAAAUCACAUACAUUCACCAAGAUUAACCAAAUUAACCCUCCCAUCUUCACCAACAGUAACAAAAUCACAUUCAUAAAAUCCACUAAAUGAAUCCAAUACGGAAAGGUAUUGGAGUUUUCAAAAUCUGAAUUGGAUCACCGGUAUCUUCCUUAUUCGUGUUGAACUAGAAUCAGAAAUGGCUAUUUCUGGGCAAUUUAAGAGGCAGCAUUCCAUAUUCCAACCCGAACAGUUCGUCUAUGUAAAGAAGCUUGGAUAAAAUCCUUUGGAAGUUGUGAACUCAAGAGUUGAAGAGGAGUUCAGGAUGGAGAAACCAGUUUUAUCAGCUCAGAAAAGAAGUGAACGGAAGCUUCCCCCAGCACCAAAGGUCGCACCUUGGCUUGUUUUUCCACAUGGAAAAGAGAAAGGUAAGUUCCAUACUUUUUAUGAUAUAAGUAGUCCCACGAAGAGGAAACCUGUCAACAAAUUCAUACCAGAAUUAAGCGAAAAACAGUUUUGGCAGAAACCAUCUCAUCAAGGAUGGGUAGUCGUUCUUAUUCGCUGGGAUGAUGAUCCAAAUUAUUGUUUUCUAUGGAAUCCUGCUUCACUAGAAACUAUCAAGUUACCUAAUUUAGAUCCCUUUAUCGAACCAGAACCAAAUUUUAUCAUAGAUCGUGUCUUGUCUUCACCUCCUCAGUGUAGCAGCAGCAGCAGUGGUAGCAGUAAUAGCAUUAGCAGCAGCAACAGUGGUAGCAGUAGCAGCAGCAGCAGCAGCGAUGAUGACGGUGCGGCCGAUAAUGUAGAGAAGGACUCCAUGGUGUUUUUCCUUAUUGGAGAUGAUGGGUCUAACUUUUUUAUUUAUUGUAGUCCUGGUGAUAAAGAAUGGAGAAAACAUGUGUUUGUUGAUAUCAUUCAAACCUCGGUCAAUGUUUUUCCUUAAAAGGGAAGUUAUUUAUAAUGGGAAUGUGCGAAAGCCUGCUGGAGAUCACAAUUUCUGAUAUUGAUAGUGGUGAUGAUGAACAAGUAACCCUCAAGACAAGCGAAGUUAUUCCCACUGAUAACAAUGUUAGUGCCGUAAGAGUAGCUGGAUCAUUGGCUUAUUCUUGUCAAAGUGUUGUUAUGGAGUCUUUUGGUGAAGUUUUUAAGAUAGAUAGAUAUCACAUUCCAAGAGGUGUUUAUCGAAACUUUUUAACCAGCAUAGAUAUAGCAAAGUUGGAUUUCUCCUCAAUGGCUUGGGAGGAAGUAAGCAGUUUGGAUGACUAUGUAUUCUUUCUUGGGGACAAUAAUCAACUGUCUUGCUUGGCUCAGAGUUGGGUCUUCCCAGGGGUUGUGUAUUUUACACAGGAUGGCGAAAUAAGCUUGUACAAGUAUGAUUUGGAAGAUAAAAGUGUCUCACAUUGUUUACCAUGUCCUGAUAUACCAACCCCAUGGUCCUCGCCUGAAUGGCUGAUGAUUAGUGCUGCAACACCAAGGGUUGACGAUUUUAAAAAAACAAGAAACCAUGUGCUGGGAAAGGAAGCAGAGAUAGCCACUAGAGCAACUGUAACUAGUGUUGAUAAGGAUGCUGAAAUAGAGCAUAUUGAAGAAGCAAUACCUUCGUUUAUGGAUAACGAUGAUACGGUGAGGUUGAUUUCGGAUCGACUCCAUACGGUAGAAUACAUGCAUUUGCGUGCAGUGAGCAAAAAAUAUCGAUCCAUGUUAAAUCUCAGAAGGUCUCCUUCUAGGACUGUGCGGACGACUGGUUUAUCACCGUGGCUGUUUUUUGCGAAAUAUGAUCAGCCUGUCUACAAUUUCGUAAGCCCGAUGCAUAAUAACGAGAAUUACCUCGUGCACAUCCCUGAAGUGUUAAGAGGUUCUACAGUCCGCUUCUCCAAAGAUGUCUGGUUGCUCAUGUUAAAAGACAAGACUUUGUUCUUCUACAACCCCUUGUCGAAAUCAAUUGUUGGACUUCCAGAUUUGCCAGAUGAUUGUAACUUGUCAGGUAUCUCAUUCUCAUCUUUGCCAACUUCUUCAGAUUGCAUAGUUUUUGGCAUCGAUAGAUUUGUACAGGAAACUGUUGAAAUCACCUUCAUUAGACGUGGAGAUGAAGACUGGAAAAAUUAUCACUGCAAUAACAUUUAUUUACCUCCCAUUAAGACUAAAUUGGGGUUCGAGCCAAAUUUUAACAGUCCAGUUUUCCACCGCGGAGCUUUCUAUUGCUUAGACUUAAACGGAACUUUGGGAGUAUUUAAAUUAGAGAAUGGCACUAGUUGGGAAAUUCUAGCCAUGGUAGCCCAGCCUAAAUGUGAGUUUAUCUACAAGAGUUUUCUGGUGGAGUGUGAAAGUAAUCUCUUAUGUGUGUUAUUAGGCCGAUUAGGAAAAUGGGUUCGUAUUUUUAGAUUGAACAACGAUGCAAUGGUUUGGGUUGAAGUUAAGCAUUUGGGGCGGCAUAUGUUGUUUAUUAGCCAUACAUCCAGUAUAUCAGCAAUUGCUCCAACUGUGCAAAUGGAAAACAAAAUCUACUUCCCGAGGUUGCAUGACGAUGGGAUUAUAUUUUAUUCUCUUGAUACAUGUUUGUACCACUGUCUAGGGUGUAAGCAUUCUGCUAAAGAUUAUGGUAAUUCGAAGGAGAACUUAGUUUGCAGUUGGAUUGAGCCUAAUUGUUCUGAGACGCCUUCGGAUCAGUAUCUUGACUGGUUUAACUUCUAGAAAAGUAAUGUA